CAGUAAAACUCACGAAGGAGAAAAGUGUUAUAAAUGUGAUUUAUGUCCGUAUGCUUCUAUAUCUGCGCGGCAUCUUGAAAGCCACAUGUUAAUUCACACCGAUCAGAAACCAUAUCAAUGUGAUCAUUGCUUUCAAUCAUUCAGACAAAAACAACUCCUCAAACGGCAUUGUAAUCUGUACCAUAAUCCUUCUUAUGUUCCUCCACCUCCACAAGAGAAGACACAUCAAUGCCCUGAGUGCGAACGACCGUUCAGACAUAAAGGAAAUCUUAUUCGACAUAUGGCCGUUCACGAUCCGGAAUCAUCUCUUCAAGAAAAACAGCAGGCAUUGAAGAUGGGGAGACAAAAAAAGAUUCAGAUCAUAGAUGGACAAAGGGUCGAGGUCAUGACAGGUGAUUUAGCUUCUAAACUUAAAGGUUACGAAGAAGAAGAAGAAGAUGAGGACGAUAUGAUGGCUGUUGAAGGAAGCGACGGCCAACAAUACGUCGUGUUAGAAGUUAUACAACUUGCUGACAAUCAAGGAAACGAUCAGCAAAUGGCUGUCGUAGCAAACGAAGACGGAGACUUGAUGGUGCAAGAUCCUUUGAGUCAAGGAAGCGAUCUUGUCGCUGGUACAGAGGAGGAAGAGGUAGACAUGGAUGAGAUUAAAUUGGAAAAUCCCAAAUCUCAAAAUACGCAGAGUGACCCGAAAUUGCAGAAAGAGAUGGAAACGUGCUUCGGUUUCGACGAAGAGGAAGAGGAGGAGGAGGAAGCCAAUGGCAAUAUGAAUAUAUUACAGACGAUUUCGUAAUGAGAAGCAAGAGGACACCCGGAAAUCCAUCUACGUAAUAGUCAAAUAUUUUAUCUCUCUCGCAGUAGCAGCACGCGUGCUGCUGCGCGAGUGCAGUUUAACAAUUAUUUAAACACUGUGCAUAACUCCAAUGGAGCCAACUUUCUCGGGGCUUAGCGCGGCACCCGUAAAUGGUACAAGAACAUUUUUUGCCACUAGUGCAUUAGAUGUAAGUAAUAAUUUAUGAAGGAACAGUAGUUUUGUGGUUUUGUGAAAUAUGCGAAUGUACAAUUAUAAUAAUGUAAAAUAUUAUUAUUUUACUUUAUUAUCGGUAAACAAAAAAAAAUAACAAUUGCCCUUUAAAGAUCGUAAGCUAGCAAGACCUGUUACUAAUAAAAACAUAUAUUAGCGACGUAGUUUGAUAUAAUAUUUUUAAACAAGUUAUUUAAACACUUCAAUAUGAAGGAACAGCGCGUAACACGAUGUUCGAAACUUUACGGGUUCGUACUUCGGUCAUUAUUGGGUUACGGUUAAUGAAGUUUAAAUUGCUAUACGAUGAAGUGAAGCUGCAAUGUAUAUAAACGCUUAUACACUUACACCUCGUUUUAUAGACGGAGGAAACACAAAUAUUGUUGAUCGAGUUUACUUAACGCGACCGAUAUCUAGAUACACAUUAUGGGAGAAUGUAUAUCAAGAUUUCGUGACGCAAGAUGUAAACAGAAAAGAGAGAGCAGCGCUAGAAUUUUUUCGUUGACCUGGAAGAUGUUACGUUGGUGAUUGUAUAGAAGUAUUUCAUAAUAAAAUAUCGCUCCUUCUAAAUAACUAUCUAUACAUACUAUACGAUAACGAUUAUGAGAUACUAUCGAAACAGACUUUGAUGGAUGCAUACAAGUACGGAAGUACGGAACAGUAACUUGAUGUUAAGUGUAAUGUUACGAUAAUCAGUAUAUUUAUAAGUAGUUUUUUAUCUUACCUUUUUUUAACUACCUUCCAUUAUUCAAGAACGUUUUUCGAAACAUCUCCAAGUUAAUUAAGAUUAUUAAUGAUAGAAAACGAGAAUGCGCUAAAUGAAAUAUUGUAUAUUGAUAUGUAUUGGUGAACAGGGAAUGAAAUUUUCGAAUUUACUGCGUUCUCUCGUUUUGCGAUAGUUCUUUUCAGUAAGCCGUGCGCAAUUUUGUAAUCGCGCGGCUCUUUAAAUUUCUUGUGUUUUAAUCAACUUUUUAUUUAAGUAAAUGGUUAUUCUGGUAAAAAGCGAAUCUUACAAAUCUAUUCUUUUUUUUUCACAUAUAUUCACGUAAGGUCGUAAUUCUAUGUAAUGUAAUUUGUCAGACUAAGAAAAGAACGUUGUAAAAAACUUGUAAAAUUUUUUACACAUGAAUUGUACAAUUGUAAUUCAAUGAUCUAUAAUUAACGCGUGCUCUAUUCAAAAAUCAUAGCACACACACAUUUCGUACAUCUUAUCCCAAAGAAACACGGUGUAGCAUUUCCUCUAUAAUAAACGUUAUGUCGUCGACAA